UGAAUCUCUCAUCCUCAUCCCUCCAUAUACGCUGGGCGGGCUGGGGAUGUUUGUCAGUUGGAAACAUGUUAUAUUUAACCUGCUUCCUUCUCUCCCCUGCAGAUAUCAGGAUGUCAAAACCAGCAGAGGAUGAGAAGCCUGGGGCAGACUUUCCAGGGGAGAGCACAGACUCUGAGAGGAACAGUCCUGAUGCCAAUGAUCAGGUUCAGCCAAUGAAAACGAGUCCCUUCAGUCUUUCCCCUACCUUGAGCAGCAUCAAGAGUAAAAGUGAGGCAGUACCUGAGAUGAUCUCCACCCAUGUGCCGCUUCCUUCCCAGCAGCAGACGCCUCACCCUCACACACAACUCAUGUUGGCAGGGAGUCAGCUGGCAGGGCUGGCUGCCCUCUUGCCUGCGCAGCAGCAGCUGUUGCUUCAGCAGGCCCAGGCUCAGCUCCUGGCCGCCGCGGUGCAGCAGUCCAAUGCGGCUCACGCUGCUCAUGCCGCUCACGCAGCCGCCCAAGCCAAUCAGCAGCAGCAGCAACAACAGCUGACCAAACAGGAGCAAGUCCCGCCCCAGCUCACCCUCUCUCAGCCUAUCCAGCUCACCGCCCAGGAUAUCCAGCAGCUGUUGCAGCUGCAGCAGUUAGUCCUGAUGCCCGGCCACCACCUGCAGUCUCCUCAGUUCCUCCUGCCUCAGGCCCAGGGACAACAGGGGCAGCAGGGUAAGUGGGACCUACUAAGUUUGCUCUCGACACCUAAUUUAAUUCCGCUACCUCAACAUCAGCAAAGCCAGGGGAGUCUUCUAACUAUUCCACCCAGGCUGGGACUGCAAGCACAGCGUCGCCAUGGUGAUGGCCUCUCAUCUUUACAGAGGGACAAGAGCGGGGACGGCGGGGUGACCUCCGGGGCCUCGGCAGCCCCCAUGACCUCAGUGACCUCUUGCCCUCACGGCGAGGAGCCCAGUGACCUGGAGGAGCUGGAGCAGUUCGCCCGCACCUUCAAACAGAGACGCAUCAAACUGGGCUUCACACAGGGUGACGUAGGCAUGGCGAUGGGGAAACUGUAUGGGAAUGACUUCAGCCAGACCACCAUCUCUCGCUUCGAGGCCCUAAACCUGAGCUUUAAGAACAUGUGCAAGCUCAAGCCUCUGCUUGAGAAGUGGCUAAACGAUGCGGAGACCAUGGCGAUAGACAGCAUGCUUCCCAGCCCGAACUCUCUCUCCUCCCCCAUGAUGGGGUUUGAGGGCAUGCCGGGGCGUCGCAGGAAGAAACGCACCAGCAUCGAGACCAACGUCCGCGUGGCCUUAGAGCGCAAUUUCAUCUUGAACCAGAAGCCUAACUCAGAGGAGAUUCUCCUGAUGGGCCAGCAGCUCAACAUGGAGAAGGAGGUGAUUCGGGUCUGGUUCUGCAACCGGCGCCAGAAAGAGAAGCGCAUCAACCCUUGCAGUGCCACCCCUCCCCUGCCCAGCCAGCCCCCUUCCAUGACGCACAAAACCCCCUGCUACAGCCCGCACAUGGUGUCCAGUCAGGGGCUGCACCAGGCUGCCACCAGCCUCAGCACAACAGUGACCAGUCCAUUACCCUCGGUGACCUGCCCUCUGCCCCCCUGUGGCUCUGCAGCCACCAGCUCCACCCCCUCCUCUAGGACUCCGCCUCCACACAGCACAGCCAGCCCCGCUCCUUCCACCCUCAGUACCCACAGCCUGAAUGCUGGGAACACAAUGAUGAGAGUAAGCACAGGAAUGAACCAGGCUCUCGUCAGCAGCAAUCACCUGGCCACAAUGCAAGGUGUGUUUGUCUGACAAAAUCGGUGUGUAUCCAGAUUAUGGACGGUAUUCUGACUUCUGAUAAGCACGCGCAACACUGCCUGGCGUAAAUCAUGACUUGGUGUCAAUAGGAUACAAUUUUGAGUUAAGCGUGCAGAUCUCAAGUCAGAAAAGAGGAUGUCCCUCCAUUUGCCAUCAUUUCAACAUGCGAAUUCAGAUCAGUUGAAAUUGCAUGUCUUCACACCAUCCCAUUCCAUCCAUAUCACCACCAAGUAGAUCAUGGGAGUGUCGUGUGUGUCUGUGUGUAUGUGCCAGGUGUUUUUCUGUAAGCUCUGACUGGCUAAGCUCUCCUUGCUCUACUCAUACUACGUUCUCUCAUCUGUUGCAAUCAUCACCAUCCUUCAUCUCACCAUGUCAUCAGUUACAGUGUCACCCAAAUCGAUGCCGAUGUAUCUCUGGUAGGUGUAUUCACUUAUUCUUUCUCCUCUACCUUUCUCUUCCCCCACCAAUCCUUCCACUUGCCUCUCUCACCCCGUCCCCUGUAACUCUAUCAUGGUUCAGCUCUGGCUGCCAGUGGUGGGCAGCUGCCCAUUUCCAGUCUUGAGGCCGGAGGUCAGAUGAUCCUGGGCGGGGCGGGGGUUCGCCCCUCCCUAUUCCUCAACCGCCACACCCUCCUGCCUAUGGCGUCCCACCAAGUCGGCGUGGGUUUGGUCGGCGGUCCCAGGGGAGCCUCUCCACCCCCCGGCGCCAGUGGCAUGGACGUCGACUCCUGCUCCGCCUCUCCCUGCUCCAGCCCCGCCUCCUUCGGCUCGUUCAGCGAAACCUCACCGCCGCCGCUUGGCGGGGCCAUGGCCGAGUGACGACGACACAACCCAAAGGAUCCUAUCAGAAGGAGGAGGAGGAGUUUUAGUGGAGCUUUACAGAAACACCUCACCUUUCAACCAAAGCCAUCUCUCUCUCCCUCCAUUUGUCGUCUCCGCUCUCUCUCCCGGAGUCUUUCAAAGCCAAAAAAAAUACACAGAUUGAAAGAGGAAGAGAGCGAGGAAGAAUGGAGAGGAGGAGAGAACAGGAGAACGGUGGAGAUUUAAACCAAAAAAUAUAAAUAUCUAUACAGUUGGAGAGGUGGCAUUGUGGAACACAGUGAAUGCUAAUGUACAUUUACUCCUUUCUCUGGAAAAGAAGAAAUGAGCUGAAAAACCUGAUGAAAAAGAGGGCAGGGAUGAGAACUGAACUAAGACUGAGAGAGAGAUGGGUGGCAAGGACAGGAAAAGAAGGAAAGAAAAGACUUUCAACAAGCUUCAGCAGAUGGAUGGAAAGAAAACCACAUUUUUUAAAAACCUACAGGGGAAAGACACACAAAGACAAAAAUGACAAACAUGCCACAAUCUCCAAAACCGAAAUACCAAAAACUGAAACCAAAAAAACGGAGAGAAAAGCUUUACUUAAAAGACUUAUGAUUCUGAUCUGUCCAGGAUCAGCACAUCAACCACACUUAACAAGGCCAAAAACAUGUAUCAUUUCAUCAUAAUAUAUUAUUUCAAAGUUUUGUUUUCAACACUUUUACAACGCUUAUUUUUAGUAUUUUAUAUGAUUUGAGCUUUGGGUUAUGUCAUAGCAAAUGAUUUGAUAUAGAUAUCUUAGUAGUGUCAGUCCUCCCACAUAUCUCUACCUACCUCUCUAGUGGCUCUACAGUUUUAACCUAGUUACAGUAUUAAACUGUGUUGUGGAUUUAGCAGUCACCUCAGACUAAUAACAAUUAGUAACUUUCCAACUUAUUUUGUGGUUUAUUUUCUUAUUUCUGAUUUUUCUAAUGAUCAUCGUAAUUAUCAUCAUCAUCAUUAGGGUUAUUAUCUUCAAUAUUUGCUUAAUAUGAUGAGAUAUUUUUCUUUUUCUAGGCAGGUCAGUUAAGAACAACAUUUUAUAUACAAUGACGGCCUACCCCGACCAAACCAGGAUGACGCUUGGCCAAUUGUGCGCCGCCUUAUGGGACUCCCAAUCACGGCCGGUUGUGAUACAGCCUGGAUAUAAUUGCCUCCUUUGUUUCAUAACUUAUUUUAUACAGUGGAUUCAAAUUAUUGACACCCUUGAUAAAGAUGAGCAAUAAUGACUCUGUAAAAUUAAUUACUAAAAUACUGGGCUAUAUUGUAUGCAAAAAAAA